AGAAGGCAGAGACAGCGCGCGCAGGAGCAGGACGCUUCCCGGUGAGGCGGAUGGAUGAAGGCGAAUCUCCGGGACUUUCUCCACCUCCAUCUCCUCCAUUAACUCACCAUUAACUCACCUCUAACACACUUCCGGUGAUGUGGAGCCCUUAGCUGAAUCCUCACAGCUCUGCUUUUUAUUUCUCUCUCUGAGGCUUGGUGUGUGUGUGUGUGUGUGUGUGUGAGUGUGUGUGUGUGUGUGUGUGUGUAACGCGCUGCUCACACGGCUCUCCGCGGACAGGACAGAAAUAUUAAUAAUAAAUAAAUAAAUAAUAAUCAUGGAUAAUGAAAAGUAUUUGCCGGAGCUGAUGGCUGAGAAGGAUUCCCUGGAUCCGUCUUUCCAACACUCUUCACGCCUUUUAGAGCAAGAGAUUGAAAAGAUUCAGAAAGGCGAGGAGAAGGAGGACGAGAAGUUCAUCGAUGUCGUCAUAAACAAGAACAUGAAACUGGGUCAGAAAGUGCUGAUUCCCGUCAAACAGUUUCCCAAAUUUAAUUUUGUGGGAAAGCUGCUCGGUCCACGAGGGAACUCGCUAAAGAGACUACAGGAGGACACACUGACCAAGAUGUCCAUCCUUGGCAAGGGCUCCAUGAGAGACAAAGAGAAGGAGGAGGAGCUGCGGAAGAGCGGUGAGGCUAAAUAUAAUCACCUGAACGAAGACCUUCACGUCCUCAUCGAGGUGUUUGCUCCGCCCGCUGAGGCCUAUGCUCGCAUGGGCCACGCCCUCGAAGAGAUAAAAAAAUUCCUUAUUCCGGACUAUAAUGAUGAGAUCAGACAAGCUCAGCUGCAGGAGUUGACGUUUUUGAACGGUGGAUCAGAAGAUGCCAAGGUGCCUGCAGUUAGAGGGAAAUCCAGCUCGAGGUCCCGUGGCACACCUGCGCCCGGUUCACACAGGAGUAGAGGAGGUGUUCCUCCUCCCCAGGCUGUGGUUCCUCGAGGAGCAGCGCCCAGAGGAGCUCCACCGAGCCGCCUUCCGUCCAACAGGGGGAGAGCACAAAGAGGACGUGGAGCUCCGCCCCCUGUGGGAUACAGGCCGCCACCCCCCGUAGUGCAAGACUCGUACGGAGAAUACGAAUACGAUGAUGGAUACGGAACAGCCUACGAUGACCAAGGGUACGACUCAUACGACAACACUUACAGUAACCAAGGACAAAACUCAGAGGACUAUUAUGAAUAUGGACAUGGUCUAAGUGGGGAAUCCUAUGACUCAUAUGGCCAGGAAAAGUGGACAAACGGCCGCAACAAGGCUCCAUCAGCAAGGACAAACAAAGGAGUGUACAGAGACCAGCCUUAUACACGAUACUGAACUCUAAA